AUACGAUGUGAGGAAAGUCAAUGGGCAAACCACUUGAGAUUCCCCGGCCUAAACAAAACAUUUCUCAAAUUCAUAAAAAUUUAAAUCCUGUGUUAACAAAAACAGCUAGACUGCACGUUGUCAAAAAACAUUUACAUCUGUGUGUAUAUACUCAUAUGUAUCUUCUUCAAAAGAGAAGAGAAGUCGUUGCCCUUAUGACAAAAAAAGAAACCAAGAAGAACUGGUCACAUAUUCAGCUACAAUCGCUUUCCUGCCUGGGAGUUUAUUUUUGUUUAAGGCUCAAACUUAAUUUCCUCCGAAAUCUUUGUUAUUUAUACAUAUUUAUCAAAAAAUGCACAAGUACCGUUCCAUAGCGGAUAUCGAUUUUCAUAUCAGUGGAGAGUGUGCUAAGUGAGUUUUAAUUGAAUAAGUCAAGGAGCCAGGACCGCCUCUUCGAUUAAGCAAUUAGCAAAAUCAAUUAAAACGCGCUUAUAUAAGGGGUUGUAUCGGCAUUCAAUGAAUCAAUCAAAGCUAAAACUUGCCCAUGGAUAUCGACCGAAUUCGUCCAGUGCGGUUCCUACUCCGCUUACUCGGCUGGUUUCGGCUCUGGCCCACAUCUGGGGGACCGAGGCCGCAGCGUGGCUGGACCAACUGGCAGGGUUAUCUUCUACAUUCCGGUUUAACCUUACUCUUCACUGUACUGUUGUGGGCGGAGGCUAUCCUUAGUACUGAUAUGGAGCACACGGUGGAUGUUCUGCUAAUCUCUCUCACCAUGACGGCUCUAGCCCUAAAGGUGCUUAAUAACUGGAGCUAUGCUCACAUGGCGCAGCGCAUCCUAACCGAGUGGAGCAGUGUGGACCGCUUUCGGCUGAAGACGCUUCAAGAAGUGGACAUGUGGCGCAACGAACACCAGCGCUUCGACCGCGUUGUCUGCGUCUAUAUAAUGUGUAGUGUGGGUGUCAUCCCCGUGAUCGUGAUACCAUGUCUGUUCAAUAUACCCAACAGGCUGCCAUUCUGGAUGUGGACCCCCUUCGAUUGGCAGCAGUCCGUGUCCUUCUGGUUUGCCUUUAUAUAUCAGGCGGUGGUGAUCCCCUUUAUAUGCCUGUGUAACGUAUCCAUGGAUCUCGUCAACUGGUACCUAAUGCUGCAUCUGUCUCUCUGUCUACGCAUGCUAGGUCAGCGCCUGGCUGCACUGAAUAACAGUGGUAUCCAGCAGGGCGAGGAUCAGCUCUGCACUGACUUAUUGGAUCUGGUGGCCCUCCACCAACGACUCAAACAGCAGGCGCUCGACAUUGAGAAAUUCAUUUCGAUGAGCACGCUGUUUCAGAUAUUAGUCAGCUCCCUGAUCAUCUGCUGCACCAUCUACAGCAUACAGAUGACUCCCGUCAUGCAGGAUCUGGGAAAGUUUGCAGCCAUGAUUCAAUAUUUGCUCUCGAUGGUCAUGCAAAUCCUACUGCCCAGCAUCUAUAGCAACGAGGUCACCAACUCUGCCGCUAAGUUGACUGAUGCCCUCUACAGUUCCGCCUGGCCAGACCUUUCGCCUCGUCUGCGUCGCCUCAUCCUGAUGUUAACAAUCUAUCUGAAUCGGCCCAUGUACCUGCGGGCCGGCGGCUUUUUUAAUGUGGGGCUGCCGAUGUUCACUAAGGUCAUUAAUCAGGCCUAUAGUCUGCUGGCCUUGCUACUCAAUAUGAACAAUUAGUGGAGGGGUUAGUUCUCACCUACCCCUGAAAAAACCAUUUUUGUUUUGAAUUAGCGAAGAGACUUCUCCGCUCGUUUGCAGAUUUUUUUUCGUCAAUUCUUGUUGUGCGAAAAUCUAAAAAUACAUAUUAUAGUAUUGCACCCAACCCAUACACUA